GCCAGUAGCAAAAAUAAAGCAUUGGCAGUGCAGUUAACCCCUGGAAGAUCAGAAGUAACCGAUUCCACAAAGGUGGCUAUAAUAAGGAAUUACCAGAAAAAAAUGCUGAGAAGCGUGAAAGGAGUGGUCUACCAUGCUCCUAAGUUGGGCCACAGACGUGCUCUCCACACUACUGCCAAGGACUGGUUAAGUUCUGUUGUCAGCCAGGAUGUCCAAAUCCUGGCAGAAAAAUCAAGAGCAAUUUUCCGUACCAGUGAAAAUGACCCGGCCAACCACGCAGAACACCAUGAGGGUCGCCACUAUAGCAUUCCGCUUCAGGAGGUGAAAGCUGUGUUUCCACAUGGACUUCCUAGUCCUUUCCAGCAGCAGAUUAAGACCUUCAAUGAAGCCUGCCUGAUGGUGCGAAAACCAGCUCUGGAACUCUUCACUUACCUGAAAAGCUCCAGCUUUGCCCACCCAGCAAUCAGAUAUGUUAUCUAUGGUGAGAAAGGAACAGGGAAAACUAUGACUCUGUGUCAUGUGGUUCACUACUGUGCAAGGCAAGGCUGGCUGGUACUGCACGUCCCAGAUGCUCAUCUUUGGGUGAAAAACUGCAGGGAGCUUAUGCAGUCAUCCUAUAACAAAGAACGGCUCGAUCAGCCUUUGCAAGCGUCUUUCUGGCUCAGGAACUUCAAAACUGCAAACGAGCGCUUCUUAAAAGAGAUAAAAACACAACAAAAAUAUGUGUGGGGCAAACGGGAAAGUACUGAGGAGGGCAGACCACUGGGUGAAGUGGUGGAGCAGGGUUUAGCUCGAGUGAGAAACGCCAGCGAUGCUGUAGGGGUGGUGCUGAAAGAGAUAAAGCAGCAAUGUCAUCUUGGUUCAUUUAGACUUCUGGUGGCAGUGGAUGGAGUCAACGCACUCUGGGGAAAGACUACAUUAAGGAAAGAAGACAAAAGCCCUGUUUCUCCGGAAGAACUGACACUCGUGUACAAUCUGAGGAAGAUGGUGAUGAAUGAUUGGAACGGCGGCGCUAUUGUGACGACACUUAGCCAAACAGGCUCUCUGUUCAAACCGAGUUCUGCCUAUUUGCCCCAUGAGUUACUAGGGAAGGAAGGUUUCGACGCUUUGGACCCUUUCGUCCCUAUCCGCGUCUCGAACUACAGCCCGCAGGAGUUUGAGAGCUGUUACCGCUACUAC